AUGGAGAAUCUUCUCGAUCUUCCGGCUGCAAUCUUUCGAAUGGUUAUUCAUGAACUGGUUAAUAGUAUUCAGGAGGAAGGACCCUACCAUCGUGUCAUGAUCAGCCCCACAUGGAAGCUACGAAGUGUCUGCUGCGGUUUUGCUGCAGAGAUCGAUCGCGAAGUCUUCUCUCAGCAGCCAAAGGAGUUCUACAGCAAAAACUAUGGUGUCCAGCGCCUCAUUCAGAAUAGCCUCUCGCGCUACAUAAUGCAAGUCCCCCGAAAAUCCGGCAGUGUAAAGAAACGGUUCUUUACACGGCUACGACGAAUGGCUCACUAUAUCGUGGAACAAGUCGAUUGCGAGAUCAAGACCAACGUGCCGACAUCAUCGAGAAAACUCAUGUUGGCUUAG